AUGUUCUCCAGAGCUCUUCGUGCCCCUAGCAGGGCGGCCGUUCCCAGGGUGUCUGCUCUGCGUGCUAAGGCUCCCGCUCCCUUUGUGGCUGUGGCUUCGCGUUCCGUCACGACCAAUGCUGCCUCUUCGUCGGUGCUGCAGCACCCUCUUCCCGAGGCCGACGAUGAAAAGUUCACCGUUACCCUCUCCGAUGAGAGCUUCGAGACGUACCAGCUUGACCCGCCCCCUUACGAGGUUGAGGUGAGCAAAAAGGAGCUCAGGGAUAUGUACUACGAGAUGGUUGUCACCCGACAGAUGGAGAUGGCGGCCGACCGUUUGUACAAGGAGAAGAAGAUCCGCGGUUUCUGCCACCUGUCGACGGGACAGGAGGCCGUGGCCACGGGUAUCGAGCACGCCCUCACCAAGGAGGACGACAUCAUCACGGCCUACCGCUGCCACGGUUACGCCCUGAUGCGCGGCGCUACGGUCCGCUCCAUCAUCGGCGAGCUGCUCGGUCGCCGUGAGGGUAUCGCCUACGGAAAGGGCGGCUCUAUGCACAUGUUCUCCAAGGGCUUCUACGGCGGCAACGGUAUCGUCGGUGCCCAGGUCCCCGUCGGUGCCGGCCUGGCCUUUGCCCACAAGUACAAGGGCAGCAAGACUGCCUCCGUCAUCCUGUACGGUGACGGUGCCAGCAACCAGGGCCAGGUCUUUGAGGCCUUCAACAUGGCUAAGCUGUGGAACCUCCCUGCUCUGUUCGGCUGCGAGAACAACAAGUACGGUAUGGGCACCUCGGCCGCCCGCUCCUCCGCCAUGACCGAGUACUACAAGCGUGGCCAGUACAUCCCCGGCCUCAAGGUUAACGGCAUGGACGUCCUUGCCGUCAAGGCCGCCGUCCAGUACGGCAAGCAGUGGACCGGUGAGGACAAGGGCCCCAUGGUUCUCGAGUACGUCACCUACCGCUACGGAGGUCACUCCAUGUCGGACCCCGGAACCACGUACCGUACCCGCGAGGAGAUCCAGCGCAUGCGCUCUACAAACGACCCCAUUGCCGGACUCAAGCAGAAGAUCCUCGACUGGGGCGUCAACACCGAGGAGGAGCUCAAGAAGGUCGACAAGGAGGCCCGCGCCCACGUCAACGAGGAGGUCGCCGCCGCCGAGGCCAUGGCCCCCCCGGAGCCCACCAUGAACAUCCUUUUCGAGGACAUCUACGUCCCCGGCAGCGAGCCCAAGUUCAUCCGCGGCCGUGUCCCCGAGGAGGACUACUACUUCCAG